UUCAGACAGAGACAGUACAGAUUAUACAGGAAAAUGCCACUAAAACCUUUCAAUGCUGUUUUAAAAUCUACCUCUAGGUGGCAGUAGUGCUUAUUCACUACUUCUAUUCUAUGAUGAAACCAACACGGAAGAAGAGUUUGAAUGGGCGCCGUCCAUGAAAACAUACCAAACAUUUCUACUUUGGAAUUAUUUCACUCGUACCAAACGGCACUACGUCGUCAUUCUCAAAAAAAUCGGACCUUUUCCUGUGAAACGGCGUCUUAAAUUACGCUUGGCGUAGUGAUGGCAGCAUCAUUACCGCAGAAACCAGUCAUGGCAGGGAUGCCCCCUCAACAGCAGCAGCCCCCCCACAUGGCCCCCAGCGGUCCCAUGGGUGCAGGUCAGCAGCCAAUGCCACCCCAGGGUGCCCUCAGGGAGAUAUCCCCAGUUUUCCUGUGCCGGAUCGGGCAGGAAACUGUGCAGGAUAUCGUCACGAGGACCAUGGAGAUCUUCCAAAUUACACGAGCCACGCAACUUCCUAAUGGCGUGACUCAGAGUCAGGCAAUGUACCAGGACCGUUUCGGGAAACUCCAGGAGCACUUGAGGCAGCUGGCUUUGCUCUUCCGGAAACUUCGCCUCCUUUACGAACGCUGCGUGGAAAUGACGGCAGAUCUGCAGGAAGGCCCAGCGGAGCUUGUGCCCUAUGUUGGAGAAGAGCUGGUGAACAUUAGAGUGGAGCCGUGUAGUCCUUCAGUGCACCAGGAGAGAAAAGAAGUUCUAGAGAAAGUCCGUCAGAAGAACCGUGAGAUGAAGGUUCUCAUGGAUCAGAUGAGGGACCUGCUGUGGAACGUCAACGCCAUGUUGACCUUGAGGAAAUAAUCCGUCCUGAUCAACUGACCGGCCAAGUGUUCAAUAUUGUCAUCUAUAGUUACCACAAAAGGGCAGCAAAAAUGUGUUGAAAUGGAUUGCUUUAUACACCAAUCUGUGACACCAAGCUGCCACAAGAUGGCAGCAAAGUAAUUUUAUUAUGACAUUUAUGUUGAUGUUUCAAGUUAAAUUCUUUUUUUUUACGUAACAAUUGAGCUUUGUCAAGGCAGCUGAAUAUUUUUUUUGGGGGGGUGAAAUAAGUUAUGAGUUUGAAGGGGUUUUUUUUGUGUGUGACGUCCUUCCACAAAGCACAGCGUGCGGCAGCUAUGUUCAGUACAUCUCAGGUGUUUUGUACUGUACACGUAUGCUCGACUCCUUUGCUGCCAUUGAUGGUGAUAACGAACUGAUGUUUAAGCUGGUGGUGAUCGAGCCCAGUUCAAAUGGAUUCGCCGUCAAUGGCAGUAAUUGAGUUUGUCUUCCUCACUGUUUUGUAUGAAAUAAAAGUGUUUUUCUAAAAACUUUGGGCACUUUAAUUUCACAGCAACAAGAAGUCUGCAUUUACAAAUGUUUUUAUUUGUUUUACAGUUCAUGGUUUGUGUUCAAGUCGCACUUAAUGUCACGCCCUCUCGAGGUCUUUGUACUUCUUGCGGAAGACCGACACUUGAUCCUUGAAGAGGACGGGGUCCAAACGAAAUUGAGAGUGGACCAGAGGCAUGUAGCCAAACCAGCUGGCGAAGGUGUUGACACACUCCUGGCGCUGGUUGAAAUGCUCCGGGUUGGCCCAAGGGACGUUCUUGGUGCUCUGCUGGGAAAAAGAAGAGACUUAUUAAAAUGUGCAUA